AUGAAGUUCCUCGCCCUCGCUGUGCCCGCUACCCUUGUCAUGGGUGUGAUGGCGAUGCCGACUCCUUCCACAAGCAAAGCGGCGCGUCUUUCAGGCGAGAACCUCCUCGACGGACUAGCCAAGGAUGGUGGACUCUCUGGGUUCUUGUCUGGCGUGCACCUCCCCUUCUUGAAUCCUAGUCCGAAGAAGGAUAGUGAGGAUCCCAGUGAUGAGGAUCCUGAUGAUGUUGUCCCGGCUGGUGAUGAUAAGGGACCGGGGGCUGAUGAGGAUAGUGGUCCUGCUGAAGCGACUGCUCCUGCGAAUUAUGAGACCAGGAGUUUUGAUGCUGAACGCAAUUCUUGGGAUGUUGCUGUAGGGGCUGCUCCUGAUAACUCCGGGCGUGGUAGUGGUGGUAGUGGUGGUAAUGGUGGUAAUGAUGGUAAUGAUGUAGCUCCUCUUUUGGAUGUUUCUGUUGGGGCUGCUGCACCCUAUAAUUCCAUCCGAAAUGGUCCGGCUGAUGGGCCUGAUGAUGGGGAUGCACCUGAUGAUGAUGAUAAUAACGGGGAUGGCCCGGCUGAUGCUAUCUAUGGGCUUGAGGAUUCGGCGGGUGUUGGAGCUGGAGUGCAGGAUGGGACUGAAACACACUAG